AAUGGACGGAGGGACGACGGACGACGACGAUUUCUUACUCGGUGGGGACCGACAACUUCGACGCCGAGCCUAGACAGACACGAUGCCGAAGUAACCCAAUUCGAGAUCUCUCCUGCACCUCGGCCACCUUUCCUGACCAAUUCCAUACUCAUCUGUUGCGUCGCACAAUCACUAGGCUACUGUGCUGGUGAUUGUUACUCUUCGCCAUCGCUAAGGGUUCAUCACCCAUGACGACCUCUUUUUUUCAUCGGUGCUGCCGUCGCUCGGCUCUAGAAUUUGAGACUCGAUAGACUGAGAUUGCGGGGUAGAGUUCUUGUGAGGAGAUUGGCGUUGGUGAAUCUGCACUUCGUCGGCACAUUCAGACACAAAUUUGCUAAGUGGGUGUCUUCUGAGUUGGGUACCACACCAGUUCAGAUCUUCGCAGAUCGAGAGCUGAGAUUGGAUGGUGGAGGUGCGUGUGUGUGUGGCGAGGGAGGGUGGAAUCCACGACGGAGCUGCUGGUAGUGGCCCAUCUACGGAGGUGAUGGGAAUGAGACCUUGUUCGGUUCUGAAAGGGGUUGUUGCAUGCUCGAAGAAAGUUGUCAGCAGAGGCACUCAUGGAGCCGCAAAUCAUGCCAUCCCUGCCCUUUUUCGGCAAAAAAAAUACAUCCACCUGUAAUUGCUCUGAGGUCUCAAUGAGAACUAUCGUCAGCAUGGGUCGCGGUGUUUACUGGCGAGUGGUAAAGAGGAUGAGUCAAGCUGGACACUUAGUGUUUAUUUCCAAUCACCAGCGCUGUGCUGCUUGGAUUUGAGCCUCGUCUACAUGACACCUUCAUUCAAAAUCCUGGUGUCGACGACGCUUCAAAAACAUACUGGAGAAGGGUGCGACAAUGCCUACAGUGAUGAGUACAUUAUCAAUGUCUUUUGUCUGUAAGAUGACGAGGCCCGUAGAUGGUACACUUUGACAACGUAGUGGCGCCAAGACUGACAGGCUGCAUGGCUGAGUCUGAGAAGCAAAUCUGAUGGCAGGCCAUUUACAACAUAAUCUGCAAUGCAGUAAAUCUACAAUUUGUAUUCUUAGUAAAUUACGAAUCAGCGAGCCAGACACACGAGUUAAUCAAUGCUGCGGCCUUUCCUCUUCAACGCAAUUGACUGGCAGCAAGCUCCUGUUGUGAACGAAGUUGUUAGUAAGAGUGCAAGUCGCUGGAGGCGGUUGGGCUUUUUCGAGCUUUUAGCCCGUUCCGAGCGCUCGAACAAUCGGGUCGUUGGGGGAUGAUGGUAUCUCUGGAACACAUGUGCCAGCAGGUCAUGUUCUGCUGGUGAUGAUGCCACAAAAAGAGGGUUAUCAUGCAAUUUCUGGUGGUAUCUGGGUGGUGUUUAGUGAAGCUCUAGUGCUUCGUUGUAUUUCUCUCGGCAGCCUGAUUCUCUCCCGUGAUAAGCACCUCCGGCGUUGUUUUUGUCUCUAGUCUCUCGCCGCUUUCGUGACUUUGAGGACAGCAUCUGGACCUGUAAGGAGUUUUGUUGAGUGCUCGGAGGUGGACGGUGGACCACUAGGGGCGGGACGUGACUCGUGUGGCGGACUCUUCCUUAUCGGCAUUCAGUGAGGAGAAAAUCAGUGUUGUAGCAUUUCAUGUCGCUGGACCUUUAUUGAACAGUGUCGUGAGAGGGGCGGCGUUAUUCUCUUUAGCAAUGGUGAGAGUUAAGACGUUGUGUGUGUGGUCAUGAAUAGUUUGGGCCAAUGCACGUCGUGACUGCAAGCAAGGCGACAAUCGCCAGCCAUCUACCGUGACUCGAUAGGAAUUACGGAGCAUGCCUUGGCUUGAAGAUCCCAGCCUCUUGCGAGAUGGGAGUGAAGUCCUGAGUGAGGUGGAAGAAGAGUCCCCACAUUUCCUGAAACUCGUCAUGGCUAAGAAUUUUACAGAUGCUCUUUGAUCGAACCAGCCCUAGAUUGUUGGCGCCAUGAUACACGGCUGCCAGCUAUCAUGCAGUGAGUUGAAUUUGUUUGGCGGUUCAGCGUGAGCGUGGGUGAUACGGCUUACUUCUAUCAAUAAGACUACGCCCGCAAUGAAUGCAAGUUGAUUCUCAGUAGUAACUUUAAUCUGUCUUGCAUUCUUCAUGUUGCGGGAGAUGAUUGAGAGGCGACUCCGUGUUAACUCCACCUGAGCCACACUUGGCAUCGACAUGAAAACGCCUUGAAUGCUCCGGGAAAUGUGCACAAUGCCGGGAAGGCUGCGUGGAAGAUUACUCUUCUUCUCAAUUAUGGUUUUCAGCCUCCACCAUUGGCAAGUCUCGGCCACGCCCUCAGAAGCGGCCGUAUUGGCACAGCUCAAGAACAUGUGGAGGGCAGCGCCUAGUGUUGUCAAACUCUGGGUCGACGCUGUUGACGCGUGCCAUGGACCGUGGCCGGGUGUUGGAUGCGCUUUGACUGACAAUCCCACAAUUCAAGCUCCAUGUUUCAUACUAAACGUGAACUGCACUGUGGUCAGCCUAAAAAUUCCUAACGGCAACUUAACAGGGGAGAUACCUCUGAUUCUUGCCGGACUGUCCAGCCUUCAGCACUUGGAUCUCCGCGGGAAUUUAUUGAAAGGAAGAGUGCCGCCGGAACUGCUCGACAGCUUUCCAAGUCUUUCAUUUCUAGAUUUAUCGUUGAACUACUUCACCGGAACAAUUCCCCAGGCACAGAAUGCAACGUUCGAGUAUGACACAUGGACGAAAAACUGUUUCUCCUCAGAUAAUUCCUGCGAGCUUGCACCGCAGAUGCGACCCAUAGCAGAUUGCCGACGAGAGACUUCGCUACAGCUUCAACCUUGUGAUUCAUGGACUCGAAAGCACCUUCUCCUGCUGAUUGUAAUCGUCCUCAUCUGCCCUCUCACAGUGAUAGCAAUACUCUCCGCUAUAGCCAUCUAUUACUGGAGGUCCCGAUCGCAGCAAGCUGCCCACUUCUGGCAAAACAGAUCUCCCUUGAGGGCACCAGACGUGGAAGCGACACCCCAACGCAGCGUGUGUAAGCAGUUCACACACCAAGAGUUACACACUGCAACAAACAGUUUCCACCACAACUGCCUACUGGGAGCUGGCACUACAGGCAUUGUUUAUCGAGGGAAGCUGGACGAUGGGACUAAUGUGGCAGUUAAGCAGCUUGAUACUCGAAAUUCCGGAAUGCUGAUCAACGACGAAUUCUGGAACGAGGUUAAGGUGCGGGGAGCCAUCCGACACCCUAAUGUGGUUACGUUGCGUGGCUUUUCUAAAGGGUUGGGGGGCUGCGACCCAAUGCUUGUCUGCGAGUACAUGCCCAAUGGCUCCGUUCUCGAUGCCCUUCUCAGCGACAGUACACCCUUGCGAUGGCCUCGGAGAUACAGCAUCGCCCAUGGAGCAGCAGUUGGGUUGGAAUAUCUUCACGAGCAUUGCAGGCCGCCAAUUAUCCACGGCAACCUGAAACCUAGCAACAUUCUGCUGGAUCGAGAUUUCACGGCGCGAGUUGGACAUUUUGGAUCUGUGAGGGUGGCUAAAGUCUCCCAACGAGCUGUAGUGACAACCUUGGGGUUCGUGGAUCCGGAGUACGGAGUAACAGGCAAACUGACGGAGAAGAGUGACGUCUUCAGCUACGGCAUGCUAUUGCUGGUUCUUGUUAGUGGGCGACGAAUGCUGGAGUCUCACCCGUCAGGAAAACCGCAGUUGCUUACAUGGAUGCAACUGCUGGCGAAAGCAGAGCUUGCCGAGCUCAUCGAUCCACGUCUGGAAGGCAACUUCGACAAACACGAAGUAAGCUUGUGUGCGCAGAUUGUGCUGCUAUGCACUCGGAUUCAACCUGAGUUGCGGCCCUCCAUGUCGGAGGUGAGACGCAUUCUGGAAGGAACCAUGCCAGUGCCCAUCUCCGGGAGCUUGGACACCCCAGUGUCGUCCUCCCACACAAGCUUUGUUUCCAUGAGCCACUUCUCAGGGAGCUACUACGGCUCUAGUGAUUGCCUUUAAGCAAGUGGGCAUUCAGCUCCACAUCUCAAGGUACCAUUUUGAUGCAAGAUGCAACUUAUCAACCUCAAAAGAGUGAAGCCAGGUGAAUUCAGCAUUAGCGGCCAGCUUCCAUUCUUCCGCAAAAUGGCAGAGCUUCCUUUAUGUACAUGGAACUUGGUCGUAGGCAUUAACUUCGUCGUCCCCUACACGUGGUUAGACUUGAGUCAGCUGCGGUAGAUUCAUUCCAUUCCAUGUGUUUUAGACGAUUUCUAUCAAAAGUGAUCGGUCGUCGACAAUCAUCGAUCAUAGAUUAUGGCGCAUUUCAAAAGCCAGGAUGUCAGCGAUCGAGGAAACAAUCUAAUUUGAUUGCUUCGGAUGAAACUCUCAUACCCCAUCUAUUCUCCCUUAAAAAGAACAGGA